AUGCUCAAGACCUUGCUAUCGGCCUCCGAAUGCUCUUUGGGCCGCCCCGCAUGUGCCGCACGGACAGUCCGGUUGUUCCAUGGUUCUGUAUUUGUGAACGAGGAAAUUUCACCACUCAACAGGUACAAUGACCUGGUACAUCAGGGUAGACUCAGAGACGACUCGUACCAGCGAACCAUCCUGGCGAGUCUAGAAGGUCUACACUCUCAUCUGGUCAAGUAUACACCACCCAAGGUCGAAGUUCCGGACAUCAACAGUUUGAAACCUGCUGGUGGGUUUUCAAAAAUGCUCGGAGGACUAUUUGCCAAGAAAUCUCACGCGCCUACCAAAGAAGAAGAGGCCAGCGUGCCGCACGGAAUCUACCUGUAUGGCGACGUUGGCUGUGGAAAGACGAUGCUUAUGGACCUUUUCUACGAUACAGUUCCGUCCCAUUUGGCAAAGCAAAGGCUUCAUUUCCAUCAAUUCAUGCAGAACUUGCACAAAAGAUCUCAUCAGCUGAAGCAGGAGCAUGGAGGAAAACAGGACAUCGACGUUAUUCCGAUCCUGGCCUCUGAGCUAUCACAGACUGCUACUGUGCUGUGUUUUGACGAAUUUCAAGUUACAGAUGUGGCCGAUGCCAUGCUGCUUAGAAGGUUGCUCACUCUUGUUCUGAGACCUGACCAUGGCCUAAUUCUGUUUGCAACUUCCAACAGAGCUCCGGAUGAUCUCUACAUCAAUGGCAUCCAGCGUGAGACGUUUAUUCCGUGCAUCCAGCUGAUCAAGCGUAUGACGAACGUGAUUUACCUCAAUUCGCCGACGGACUACCGAAAAGUGCCCAAGCCAGUUUCCAAUGUGUAUUACUCUCCCCCUCCGGGUGUUGCGUUUAAUUCUGCGAGCUCCAGGUCCCAGCAGAAGAAGCACAUUGAGACCUGGUACGAAUACUUCUCGCAGGGCCACUCACCAGAAUACGACGUUCCUCUGAAGAUCUGGGGCCGUGAUCUGGUGGUUCCCAAAUGUACUCCUCCGUAUGUGGCACAGUUUUCGUUUCACGAUUUGUGUGGAAACCCUCUUGCUGCGGGCGAUUACCUCACCUUGGCAACCACGUUCUCUGCAUUUGUGAUCACAGAGAUCCCGUAUCUCACCAUUGACUCGCGAAACGAGGUCAGACGCUUCAUCACGUUUUUAGAUGCGGUCUAUGAUGCAAAGGGACGAAUUGCCGUCACCGUUGCUGCUCCCUUCUCGGACCUGUUUGUAGAGCCCGAGGACCUCUCCGAGGGAAAUUUCAACUUGGUCGGAAAGUCCGAGGAGGAUUCAGCUGACUUUACGAAUGACGAUCUUGUUACAAAGCAUGGAUUCAAUCCGAAAAUUGCCAAACAAGCUUCCAUGUUUGCGGUUGAUGAGGAGCGGUUUGCGUUUGCGAGAGCCUUGAGCAGGCUGUCGCAGAUGAGUACCCAGGACUGGGUGGACAGAGAAGUGUAA